GCGUUUGUCUGAGCUGGUUCACUUUUCAACAUGGCUGGCAAGGUCGCCGAUAAGGCUAUGAAACUUUUACGAACAUUUCCCAGGGUUUCUCUGGGGAAUCUGAAAGAUAUGCCUGGGUCCAAACCACAUAAGGUAAAUCGUAGACGAGAUGCUAAAAGAGGUAAUACUCAUGGGCGUGGUCAGAAAGGUCAAGGAGCUAGGGACACUCUACCCAGGAUAGGGUUUGAGGGAAACAACACACCCUUCUAUCUACUGAUCCCAAAGGAACCAUAUUACGAAAACCAUCAUUUACGCAGAGAGUAUGUACCACUGUCAUUGUUGAAGCUACAGCGGAUGAUUGACCUGAACCGUGUGGACAGAAGUGAGCCUAUAGACCUGACAUCAAUAUGUAACACUGGCCUGUUGAAGGUCAACCCUAUACAGAAACAAUAUGGUGUCCACCUUACAGAGGAGGGAGCUGACAUGUUCGCUGCUCAGAUCAACAUUGAAGUGCAGUGGGCUGAUGAACUCACAAUAGCAGCCAUUGAGAAAAAUGGAGGAACAAUCACAACACGCUAUUUCGAUACACCAUCCCUGAUGGCUGUUGUGUCCCCAAAGAACUUCUUUAUGAAAGGAAUGCCCAUCCCCAAAUGUAAGGUUCCACCUUCUGACGUUUUCAAAUAUUACACUGAUGCAAAAAACCGAGGGUAUUUAGCUGACCCAGAAAAGAUCAAGGAUGCCCGCAUAGAACUUGCUCAAAAGUAUGGAUACGAUUUGCCAGACAUCACAAAUGAUGAAAAAUUUCCAAUGUUAUCUGAAAGGAAAGAUCCACGUCAGAUAUUUUAUGGACUUGCACCAGGAUGGAUAGUGAAUCUUCAUGAUGAGACAGUGUUAAAACCAAAGGGCAAGGAACAUGUUGAGUAUUAUGAAUCAUGAGGAGGAAUUUGUUGUGUUCAGGUUUUUUAUGUGAGAAAGUGCUGUAUGAAUUCUCAAUAAUAGAUGCAUAUUCAAAUUGAAUAAUGAAUAAAACUUGUAAAAGGAA